AGCUGCAUCCAUGUUGAGCUUCAGGUGGAGGCAGAGCUGCCUUUCUGCCGUUUACGGGCUCCUCGGAGCCGCCCCAUGACCUGUCAGGUCAGGUGGCCCCUCCUCAUGUCCGCGACCCGCCCGCUUUGCAUAUGUGACGCCUCCCAUCGGCGGGGAAACGUGUCGGCUAGGGGUGGCUUUUAAAUAAGUAUUAGGUAAGAAAGCAGAACGAGCCGGAGUUUGGGCACUGCGAGCCGCGGAAGCAGGAAGCGUAGCUGCGGGCUCCAGUGACGGGCAUGGACGCGCUCAGGUCGGCCGGCAGAGCGAUCAUCCGGAGCCCCAGCGUCGCCAAGCAGUCCUGGGGAGUCGCCAGGCACAAGAAACUGCCCGAGAACUGGACGGACACCAGAGAGACCCUGCUGGAGGGAAUGACCUUCAACCUCAAGUACCUGGGGAUGACGCUUGUGGAGCAACCGAAGGGGGAGGAGCUUUCUGGUGCUGCCAUCAGGAGGAUUGUUGCCACGGCGAAAGCCAGUGGCAAGAAGCUGCAGAAGGUCACCCUGGAAGUCUCACCCCGAGGAAUCAUUCUGUAUGACAGCAUCACCAACCAACUGAUAGAGAACGUCUCUAUCUACAGGAUAUCAUACUGCACAGCUGACAAGAUGCACGACAAAGUCUUUGCCUUCAUUGCUCAGAGUCCUCACAGUGAGACGCUCGAGUGCCACGCCUACCUGUGCACCAAGAGGAAAGUGGCUCAGGUCGUGACCCUGACUGUUGCUCAGGCCUUCAAGGUGGCAUUCGAGUUAUGGGAAGCAGCCAAAGGAGAAAAGGAGAAGCAGGCAAAGUGUGGCCCAGACGAAAAGGGGGGCAGUAACUCGGCAUCGCAGAGCUCGGCCAGCCUGAGGGGAGGAGAUGUGGCCACAGAGAAUCUGCUGGGUCUGGAGGGGGGGGCUGCCGCUGUCUCUCACCCUGAUCAGGGCCUCACUACACAUGCUGCAGCCAAAAACAACAACAUGCUGUGGGAGCUGGACGAUGGUCUGGAUGAAGCCUUCUCCAGUGAUUCCCUGCCCACCUGGCUAAGGCUAAGAGUAACAUAAGCAGUGAUUUCCCCAAAGUGUAUCUGCUGGACAUUUUGUGCGACAGCACCAUCUACUGGCCACUGGAAUGACAACCUCAAAACCAGAAAGGAGAGACGUCCUGUUUUCCCGCUAAGUGGCCGGUGCUCCUCGAACCCUGCGUAAGCCCUGUAGUUUCCCGGAACCCGUGCCGCAGCCUGCAUAACUCAGACGGCCAGCAUCGUGCGAGGGGCUCGGAGUCCUGCGAUGGUACGAGCCACAGCACACAGAUCGAGCACAUCCUCAUCCAUCUUGUUUUGGCCUUCCGUCUCCUGCUGGUGCCAGGGACUCCAUGUGCAGACAUGCUGUCCGCCGUCUCUCUGCUGUCGCCCUGGUAACAGGGCUUUGCCCGGCACCAAGAAGUGAAUGGCAGCAGCAGACUGACCCAAACCCCAUUACCGUCGGUCAAGAAAUAAAUCACCCUCUGAUUAGAGGAACCUUCUAUCCCGUGACACAGCUGUCCCUAAGCAGCAGAUCGGUGAAUAUGUUACUGCUGCUGACUCCUAAAUUCUGCUUUUUAACAAUAGGUGGCACCACUAGUGUGUGAGAAUCACUGUGGAGCUCUGCCCUGUGGGGAAUGGGCCCAUUGCCACGGUAACGGCCGAGCUGAAGGUGCCCAGACGGCAUUUCCAUAGCAGCAGUGUCAGGGGGGUGUGCAUGCGGCCAAAUGAGAGGAUGGAUGUGCAGUGGCAUACAGCUGCAUGGGUGACUGGCCCCCAUGUGUUCUGUUCCUGUCACGGUGCCCCCCCUGCAUCUCCCACCAAGGUUCCUGUCCUGUGUCAUUGCCUGUAUUGUCCAUGU